AUGGACGUGGAAAUCCAUCUUCUCGACGAAGUCUGGGUCAGUUACAGUCCCGACCCAGUCAGCGCCGACGUCUCUUAUGACGCCUUCAUAUCCACCGGCUCCUGCGGCGCCGGCCACAAAGCAGAAAUCAUGACCUGGCUCGCUGCCUAUGAUCCAACCCCCAUCACUAAGACAGAUGCCAGCCCAAAACGCAAUUCCCGGCUGGAACUUGUUCGUAGGCACGAACAAACAGACCAACGUACCAGCUUAUAG